CGGCGACACUGUACAAAGCACAAAACACUCAAGACAACAUCCCGCCCGUCAGGCGUCUCAUGUCAUCAUUUCAUUUAUUGGUCUUCCUCCUUCCGCGUCAUCAAGCAACUCAACUGUUACGGCAACAUAGCUUACUCACAUCACAUCAAUCACGCGUGCGAACGCUCAAACCACACACUACUCGCUCUACUUCUUAUUGUUGCGUUCGACGCUGCUCGCCUGGCCGCGCUUGUUCUCAGACUCGCAAGCGUCGCUUUGGGAGGAGAUUGUUGAGUGAGCUGCUGAUUAGCUUGGCUGGCCGGCUCACACGCCGCCCCUCUCCUGCUUCGCAUUCCCCACGUCACCAUGAGUGUCAUCGCCUUCUGCGGUGGCCGCGGCCUCUGGGGCCCUUCUGCCUCGAAAGAGGACCAUCGGCUCGACCCAAAUUGGGACGAGAGCCUGGAUUUUAGUACCUGCUUUGAAGACACAAUCCUGACGGCCAUUCCCACCAUAUACCUGUUGGUGGUGGGCGGUCUGCGCCUGUAUGUGCUGCUCAAGCGGCGCUCGUUGCCUGCGCCAAGCACCACACUCCAUACCCUGCGCCUCUUCUCCGGGUUUCUUCUCUUCCUCGCCAUGCUUGGCGAGAUGUGCGUCGCGCUCUACGACCAAACUUACGACUUUCGCAUCGUCUCGCCAGCCGUUCAGGCCCUCGGCUACGUCUUUGCCAUGGUCUUGCUUGUGUUUGAGCGGAAGAAGAACGUCCUCUCAUCUGGCGUCCUCGCCUUCUUCUGGCUCCUCGUGCUCAUCGUUGAUGCCGUGCGCAUGCGCACCAUCAUCCUCCAAGGCCAUCAUGGGCACCUGACGUAUUGGUUGCUCGGCUUCUUUGGGCCGCGCGUGUUCUUCGACAUUGUCUCGUUCUUCCUUGCUGCAAUGAAAGACGAGCCCUCGCCAGCGGCGCAGACGACCGACGCCAACCCGUGCCCGGAGCAGUUUGCCACCCUCUGGUCCAUCAUCUCCUUCUGGUGGAUGACCCCGAUGAUGUUCAAGGGCUACAGGCAGCCCCUCAUCGAGACAGACCUGUGGAAUCUGAUGCCCACAGAUCAGGCGGGCUACUUGUCCUCCAGCUUCAAGAACGCCUUUGCCAAGCAAGUUCGCAAAGGAAAGGACAAGGCGUCCCUCAUCAUCGCGAUGACGCAAGCGUUUGGCGGGACAUUUUUCAUGGCGGCGCUGUUCAAGGCCAUCCAGGAUGUUCUCGCGUUUGUGCAGCCCCAGCUCCUCAAGUACCUCAUCUCCUUUGUCACUGACGACGACGCCCCCGGGUGGCACGGCUACGCGCUGGCUGUCGGCCUCUUUGCGUCUGCAAUUAUUCAGUCCAUCUCCUUGCACCAAUACUUCCAUCGCGUGAUGAAGACGGGCAUGCGUCUCCGCUCAUCCGUCGUCACAGCCGUCUACUCAAAGGCCCUCGUUCUGAGCAACACGGCCCGUCAAUCCACCACCUCUGGUGAGAUUGUGAAUCUCAUGUCCGUCGACGCUCAGCGCUUGAUGGACUUGAUGACGUAUGUCCACAUGGUGUGGUCAGCGCCCCUGCAGAUCUCCCUUGCGCUGUACUUUCUGUGGCAGCUGAUGGGCGCAGCGACGCUGGCGGGCCUGGGCGUGAUGAUCCUCAUGAUCCCGCUCAACGGCUACAUUGCCAAGAAGGGCCGUGAUUACCAGAAGAAGCAGAUGAAGCAGAAGGAUGAGCGCAUCAAGCUCAUGAACGAGAUCCUCAACGGAAUCAAAGUGCUCAAGCUGUAUGCUUGGGAGAGCGCAUUUGGUGGCUUCGUCAAGGAGAUCCGGACCAGCGAGCUGGAAGUGCUGAAGAAGUCCAUGUACCUCGGCGCGCUGGGCAUGUUCUCGUGGUCCUCUGCGCCCUUCUUCGUGUCGCUCGUCACGUUCCUCACCUUCACACUCACGGGCCACACGCUGACGGCGCAAAAGGCGUUUGUUGCGCUUGCGCUGUUCAACCUGCUGCGCUUCCCCCUGGCCAUGCUGCCCAUGAUGGUGUCUGCUCUGGUCGAGGCGAGCGUCAGUCUCAAGCGCAUCCGCACCUUCCUUCUGCACGAGGAGAAGGACCCCAACAACGUCGUCCGCGACCCGGCCGCCCUGCACAACUCGCCCUUCAUCGACCCCAAGGGCCAGGUGCUGCCGGCGUUUUACGUGGACCGCGGCACCUUUGCCUGGAAGGACCACACCCCCGUCCUCAAGAACAUCUCCUUCCAGGUGGACCCGCGCACGUGCACGGCCGUUGUUGGCCGCGUGGGCUCGGGCAAGUCGAGCCUCGUCUCUGCGCUGCACGGCGACAUGGUGCGCCUGUCUGGCACCGUCGUACUCCCGGGCACCGUGGCGUACGUGCCGCAGCAGGCGUGGAUCCGCAACGCCACGCUCCGUGACAACAUCCUCUUUGGCAAGCCGUUUGACGAGCAGAAGUACGCGCGCGUCGUCCGCGCGUGUGCGCUGGAGGAGGACUUCGCGCAGCUGCCCGGCGGCGACCAAACGGAGAUUGGCGAGAAGGGCAUCAACCUCUCUGGCGGACAGAAGCAGCGGGUGAGCCUGGCCCGCGCCGUGUACCAGGACGCCGACGUGUACAUCAUGGACGACUGCCUCUCCGCCGUCGACUCGCACGUCGGCAAGCACAUUUUCAAGCACGUGAUUGGCCCCGAGGGCUGCCUUAACACCAAGGCGCGCCUGCUGGUCACGCACGCCCUGCACGUCCUGCCGCACUGCGACAACAUCAUCAUGAUGCGCGAGGGCAGCAUCCUGGAGCAGGGCACGUACACGCAGCUCAUGAACAAGGGCGACAACUUCACCCGCCUCAUCGAGGACUUUAGCGCGGACGCGGACAGCGGUUCCGGAACCGGCGGCACGGCGUCGCCCACGGACGGGCCGUGCCAGUCCCAGCAGCAGAAGAGGCAGGGCGAGGACGAGGGCCACGCGCAGGCCACAUCGUCGUCAUCAUCGCCGUCAUCGUCGCCGUCAUCGUCGCCCAAAUCGUCCCCGCCCGGCUCAUCACGCAAGCAGCGCACGCAGCGGGCAGAAGACAGGAAUGAAGCAGAACGUGAGGAGGACGAGGAAGACGAGGAGCAGGAAGAGCAGGCGUCCACGCGUGGCGCCGGCAAUGGCGACAGCAGCGGUGACAGCAGCGAUGCCGGUGCGGAUGAGCAGUGGCCAGACAAGAACGCCCUGCACAGGAGCCAGCAGCGUGGCGCGCCGAGCGUGCAGACGGACGAGACUGCCGGUGUCGCCGUUGUCGUGAAGCACGGGCGGCCCACGGCCACGUUCCACUCCAUCAACGACGUUGAGUCGAUUGACGAGCAGAAGGACAACGACGACGACGACGACGAGAAGGUGCCCCUGCUCGGUGGCGGACGCGGCGGCGAUGGCGCGGCAACCAAAGCAGCGACCAAGGCCAAGGAGCUGAUUUCAGACCUGAAGAGCAAAGUGGUUGGUGGCGGCAAGGGCGGCGGCGACAAGGGUGAUGCGAAGAAGAACGCGCAGCAGCUGUCGCAGCUCAUUGCGCAGGAGCAGGCGAUGGAGGGCGGCGUGGAGUGGCAGGUGUACAAGAGCUACUUUGAGGCUGUCAGCUACACCAUCAUCAUUUCGCUUGGCCUGCUGUACCUGUUCACGUACGGCUUCCAGGUGGGCACCAACUUUUGGCUGUCGUACUGGAGCUCCCAGGACGAGCGCCACCAGCACCACGCCAACUACACGGAGCCGCUCACCACGGGCGGGUUUCUCGGCGUGUACACGGGCCUUGGGCUGCUCAACUCGCUGGGCACGUACGCGGUGGCCAUGCUGAUGGCGAUCGGGUCCAUCCACGCGUCGCGCGUGUUCCACACCAACAUGCUUGAGCGCGUGCUGCGUGCGCCCAUGUCGUUCUUCGACACGACGCCGAUGGGCCGCAUCCUCAACCGCUUCUCCAAGGACAUUUACGUGAUCGACGAGACGAUUCCGCGCUCGCUGCGCUCGUUCAUGAGCACCUUCAUGCAGGUGGUGAGCAUCAUCGUCGUCAUCUCCAUCUCCACCCCGAUUUUCAUGGCGGCCGUGCUGCCGCUGGGCGUGUUCUACUACUACAUCCAGAAGUUUUACGUGCCCACCUCGCGCCAGCUGAAGCGGCUGGAGAGCGUGUCGCGCUCGCCCAUCUAUGCGCACUUUAGCGAGACGCUGGCGGGCGUGUCCUCCAUCCGCGCGUACCAGCGCGAGGACGACUUUGUUCUGGAGAACGAGGGCAAGGUGGACACCAACCUGCAGGCGUACUACCCGUCGGUGUCGGCGAACCGGUGGUUGGCGCUCCGCCUGGAGUUUCUGGGCAACUGCAUCAUCUUCUUUGCUGCGCUGUUUGCGGUGGUGAAGCGGGGCACGGUGACGGGCGGCGUUGUUGGCCUGUCACUCAGCUACGCCAUGUCCGUGACGCAGACACUCAACUGGAUGGUGCGCAUGUCGAGCCAGCUUGAGACAGACAUUGUGGCCAUUGAGCGCGUGGAGGAGUACUGCAACAUCCCCGUGGAGCGGCCGCCCGUGAUGCUGAAGCGGCCCGACAGCAACUGGCCCCAGGACGGUCGCGUGGUCUUCAGCAACUACAGCGUGCGCUACAGGGAGGGCCUUGAGCUCGUCAUUCGCGGCAUCUCCGCCGACAUUCGCUCCGGAGAGAAGAUUGGCAUCGUUGGUCGCACGGGCGCUGGCAAGUCGUCGCUGACGCUCGCCCUCUUCCGCAUUCUCGAGGCCGCAGACGGCAGCAUCACCAUCGACGGACACAACAUUGCGAGUUUUGGACUGGACGACCUUCGAUCACGACUGACGAUCAUGCCUCAAGACCCGGUCCUCUUCUCCGGCACUGUUCGCCGAAACCUGGAUCCACUCUCCCUUUACACGGAUGCGGAGCUGUGGAAUGCGUUGGAGACGUGCCAUCUCAAGGACGUCAUCGCCAAUCUGGAGGGCAAACUGGAGUUUGAGGUGGCCGAAGGAGGGGAGAACUUUUCCGUUGGCCAGCGUCAGCUCAUCUGUCUUGCACGCGCCGUGCUCCGCAAGACCAAGGUGCUUGUGCUGGAUGAGGCGACGGCAGCCGUGGAUUUGGAGACGGACGAGCUGAUUCAGAAGACAAUCCGCACCGUCUUCAAGGACUGCACCAUCCUCACCAUUGCCCAUCGUCUCAACACUAUCCUCGACAGCGAUCGUGUGAUGGUGCUGGAUGCCGGAAAAGUGGUUGAGUUUGACACGCCGCAAGCGCUGAUGGACCGGUGCGACUCUGUGUUUUACGGCAUGGCGCGCGCAGCAGGCAUCACCUCCCUGCCCUCUUCAGCAACCACCAACACAACAGCGUCGCCCACAAACACAGACGCAGAAGGCGUGGGCGAGUGAGCAAUGAGGGAUGGGUGUGCCAGCAGAGAGGGCAGAGACGACGACUUCUUUAAAUUCAACACCAUAAACAGUAGAUCAGAUA